AUAUGUAAAUAAAUUAUUAUGUGGAAGAAAUUUCGAUUUUAUGCAUAUGCAUUAAUCACUUCAUAUUAAGCUUCAAAAUUACUGCUAUUGCCUUUUACAACACUGAAAUCAUUAUGUAUUUUGACAUUUUGGGGUUGAUUGUAAAUAAUUAAAAUCCUAGCAACUUUCAUUGAAAACUACAUCGAAUACGAAGACUUCAUAAUUUGAGUAUGGAUUUUCACACAGCCAAUCGUUUGUUGAGAUAUCCACACACUUUUCAACAUAAUCUACCACUUGCUCAGGGUAUUGUCGGUUUGAGAGAUGAAGGAAAUUUCUUAAGAAUUCUUGGUUCAGAUUUACGUGGUCCACAAGGAGUGCGUGAAUACUCUACUCGAAUAAAUCGUGAUCGUCCAGCUAGUACUGGAACUAUAGUUGCCCGGCCUACUAGCCAAGUUGUGCCCUACAAUGCUGACGAUGAAGCUUCCAGAUUUCGUAGAUUGGUUUUUAUUUCGUUUCUGUUUCUAAUCUUUAGAGUAAUGGUUUGUGAAUUACGAAAAAUGGGAAUAGUAGAUUAAUUUUGUGGUUAACAAUAUUAUGCUAUUAACUAAUGAAGGAAUAUUUAAUUUAAAUUAAUUGAAA